AUGAACGGCGCAUCCGUCAAAGAACAGCCUUCGGUCAGAGACACUCGUUCAGCCUGGAGAUUGCUUCAAGAGAAUCCUUCAUUCCUGUACACCAUGAUCCUCUGCAAUCCAGUGCUGGUCCUCCACUCCAUCAACGGGCUCCUCAGUUUUCUGUAUCCGGCCGCGGCUCAUGACUCGAUCUUUGACACCUUAAUCCAACCUCAUGUUGACGCCCAUGCUCAAGACGGCCUUUGUCACCUCUUCACCCUGUUCAUGGUUGCUUUGCAAUCAGCCCUCUACUCUUCGCAGGCGGCCAGAAUCCCAACGCCAUCCCCUUUGGACGGAGAUACGGACGAGAGAGCAGUCGACAAUGAAGGCAUGAGCACAGAGAAAAUAGCAGGGGAGUCCUUAGGAUAUCCAGUCGGUUACUGGAAGAUCAUCGGUCAGGCAAAAGAAGCGGUGGAAGGAAACAGAUCGGAUCGAGAAAUCAAGAUGGGGAUAUCAUAUUUGUGA